AUGGCUCACUUUCCGACCCCAAAGGCGGUAACAAUCAUUACGACGGGAUGGGUCACCAUCUUGACCGCCGGCGCAGUACUAGCUGCUUCCCUUCAUCUCCGAAUCAAUAUCCAAGGGAGGAAAUUACAAAUUAGCGAUUACUUCCUAUGCCUAGCAUGGUGCUCUGCAGUUGUAACUGCCUCAUUCGAUAUACAGUUCACAGUCAUGGGCGCUUUGCAUCAAAAUAUCAAAAUCAAUCUCGAUGGAUUCGACGGAAACGACGACGAAGUUAUGCUAAUUAUGAGGUUGUUUUGGGCCAGCAGCAUACCAUUCUUCACAACAUUUUACCUCUGCAAAGGAGCCCUUCUCGCCGUCUACAUUCAGAUAUUCCCCAUUUUUAUGUACUAUCGACGAAUGAUGUUAUGGACUGCUAUAAUAUACGUUGGGCUGGCGUACUUGGUCAGCAUGAUUUUGCUUUUCACUAUUUGCCUGCCCCUUAGUAAGAACUGGUCUGUCGAAGAUCGGGUCGUAGGAACAGAAAAUGUUAUGUGCUCGGCUUCGUCUCCCGCAAUUGUGUUCCAAGUCGGUUGGGCAUUGCAUUUCUUCGGGGAUAUUCUGAUUUUCUGCCUUCCUUGGCUCAUCUUACCUGAUUUGAAGAUCAAGAGAGCCCUCAAAAUCGGCGUUUAUUGUACCUUUGGUCUCGGCAUCAUCAACAUGACCUUCUCUCUCGUUCGCUUCAUUACGAUUCAGACAGCAUCGGUCGAGGCCUUGCCUUUCGGUUUGGUUGAACUUUGGAGCGAGCUAGACGUCAAUAUUGGUCUUUUAGUCGCGACAUUACCAUGCCUAAGACCAUACUUCCGAUCGAACCGAAACGCUGGCUAUUCGGACAAGUCUAACGCUUACAACUACAAAUCAACCGUCAAGACGCUGCAAAUAACACGCAUGAGCAGAUUUGAUGUCGUCAGCGAGCCAGCGUACGACCUCAAUGUCGACCUUGAGCAUGUUGCGGCUUGCUCAACCACUACGCAAUCACAGAAGUCCAGCGAGACGGUGUAG